CAGCGCUCGUCGUAGUAAACUUUCUUUCGUUUCCAAGGGAACGCCUCUUGAUUACAACGCAUGCGCGACAAAUCUUCACCCUUUUCCGCGAACAUCAAAACGCUUGUGCUUCCCCGUGUGGAUGUUUUCUCAGCUGACAUUUGUUCGUCAAAUGAGGGCUUGUCAGGUGUUCAUACCCGCUGUGGUCGCUCUCGGAUUAAUUGUCUCUCCUGUGUUUUGCCAAAAUGUGAACUCAAGUGAAAUUGGGACUCAGUUAAACGGCUCUGCCGCUGAUUUCGGGGCAUACAAAAAGCAGUUUCACCGCACGUAUGAAGUAAGCAGCGAGGAAUUUAGUCGCCGUCAUCUCAGUUUUCAGAGAGCUACAAUACGGCACACCUAUCUGAACUCAUUUUCCACAGAAACACAGUCUGCCAAGUAUGGUAUCAACCAAUUCUCUGACCUUUCACAGGAGGAAUUCAGAGAUCUGUACCUGGGAGCAGUCUAUGAGAGAGCUCCUCUCUUCUCUGGACUGAGUGUAAAGGAGCUCCCAGACAAAUUUGACUGGAGGGACAAGGCAGCCGUGGCACCAGUCCAGGACCAGCAAGCAUGUGGGAGCUGUUGGGCUUUUAGUGUGGUUGGUGCCAUACAGUCUGUCCAUGCCAUAGGAGGCUCACAGCUGGAGCAGCUCAGUGUGCAGCAGGUUGUUGACUGCUCCUACCAAAACGCAGGCUGUAAUGGAGGCUCCACAACUCGGGCUCUGAACUGGUUAAAACAGACCAGAAUGAAGUUGGUGAGUCAGUCUGAGUAUCCCUAUAAGGCCAAAACAGAUAUCUGCCAUUUUUUCUCCCAGUCACAUGGCGGUGUUGCCGUAAAGAACUUUACAACACAUGACUUCAGUGGUCAAGAGAAGGCAAUGAUGGGUCAGCUAGUACAAUAUGGCCCUUUGGUUGCUAUUGUGGAUGCUGUAAGCUGGCAAGAUUACCUGGGAGGCAUCAUCCAAUACCACUGCUCCAGCCAAUGGUCCACCCAUGCUAUUCUGAUUGUCGGCUAUGACACUACCGGGGACAUUCCGUACUGGAUUGUGCAGAACUCCUGGGGAACAAGAUGGGGAAAUGAGGGCUAUGUUUAUAUAAAAAUAGGUGGUAACGUUUGUGGCAUUGCAGAUUCAGUGGCAGCUGUUUUUCUUUGACGUGUG